AUGGCGUCGCCUUUUCAGUCUCCACGAGCGUUUCCGGGAUCUCCAAGAGCCCAGGACGAGGAAGAGAAAUGCUCAGUGUGUCAAGAACCACACACAGAACCACGAAUCCUCUCCUGUCUCCACGUAUUUUGCACCAAGUGCCUCCAGGGGCUCCUGAACAAGAUAGAGGGCGGCGAGAAACUCGUGUGCCCCAACUGCAGGGCGGAAUACGACCCUCCGUUGAACGUGGAGGAGUUCCCGCUAGACCACGCCGUACAGAGAUCGGCAGAGUUUCGCUCGUUCUGCGAGGCGGAGGACGAGAAGGCGGGGCCGUGCAAAAACUGUGAGGAAGAAGGCGAGACGGACGCCUACUGCGGAGAAUGCGGCGGAGGGAUAUGCGGUAAAUGCGUCCAAGAACACCAGAAGAUGAAGGUGUUUCGUGAGCACAAGUACACGGCCUGGAAAGACCUCUCCGAGGGUAACUUCAAUCUCCACAAGCGCCAACGCACAUGCAACAUCCACGAGCUAGGUAUCCAGCUCUACUGUGAGCGGUGCAACACUUUCUUAUGCUCUCUGUGCCUCAAAGGUAGACAUGCUCGGCACUUUCAGAGUGCAAAGUCGCUCCUGGAGGUCAGUCGUACAAGGCAGACAGAAGUGAAGAAAAUGAGUGAUCAUGCAGAAACGCAGUUUUGUGUCCUCGAAUCACGAAUGACAGAACUGAAGCAUAUGGAGGGUGGUUUGGCUAACUAUCCCGGGAGUCUGGAGCUGAGCAUCACCAGCACGUUUGAGAGCUACAUGAAGCAAAUUGAGCUGUACUGCCGUCAGAUGGUUAACGAGGCUCAGCAAAGGUGCUCUGAGAUGACGAAAGGGCUGAUGGCUCACAAGACAGACACAGAAAACGCAAUGGAGAAACUAAAGACUGGAAUACAGUUUGCAAAGAGGGCAGCCACCUGUACGAAUGACGACGAGAUCAUUGAAAUGAGUGGCCUGGCCAUCAACCAACUCAAGAGCACCAUGAGCAGCUGUGACAUCUCGCCACUCAGACGCCCACUGGUUUUCGAAAAGAAACAACUGAAACUCGGUAGGCUGCGAGAGAUACAGGAACGUGACAUUCGCGUUGAGCCGCCGGAGUUCUGCUUAAUGAACACAGAGAACCUAAUCACAGUCAAAUUCAUUUUGCCCAUCAACACAAGACCGGUCUGGGUGGCUGGGGCCGUGUGCAAGAGAUGCGAUGAUGUAAUGGUGGUCUGGGGUGUGCCCGAGGAUGCCAGUGUGGUCAAGCCGGGCCCUGACUGGAAAGGUGGGGAGGGAAAUGUGACCAGGGGAACUGUUCUGAGCAAAGAGCCGGAUGUGACGAAUGGAGCUCUCAUUUUUGGCGAUGGGGAGGAGCAAGAGUCGUUCAAGGUCAAAGUCCAGUGGGAUAGUGCUGAUGUCAUCGAGUAUGAGUGGGGGAACAAUGACGAGUACGAACUGGAACUUGACAUGUAG